CCAAUCACUUCAUCAGAGAGGAGCCUGCGAGUAACACUUAAAAGGAGCAGUGCGUCAAUAGCUUCCAUGAAGCUGCAGCAUUUCUUGUAUUGUCAUUUGCCAACAGCACACACUGUUUGGCUUCAGUUUUAAGUAAAAAUGGCGUCUGGAUUUGCUUUGAGAGUGCUUCUGCUCUCAUUGUUAGCCUUUGGGCAGCAUGCUAACGCUCUGAGCUUCAGGAGUGGGAGCUCCAGUGGCAUCACUCCUUACUUUAACCCAGCCAGGGAAUUACCCAGCAGCCAUAAACCUGUGGAGUCCAGUCCGGUGGUACCAGGCUAUGGACAAAGUUACACUGAGAGUGGUUCAUCUGAGGACCUAAGGCCUGCUGAAGGUGUGGCAGUGGAAAGAUACAACCCAGAGGAAAGUGUUUCCAGUUACAAGCCUCAACCAAUCAUAGGACAGGAACCCCCAAAAAACCGAGUGCCGAGUUAUCAACCGUAUCCUGAAACAACGGGUGUUAUCCAGACCAAGGAGGCCAUGUGGGACUUUGCCUUACCUCAAACUGAAAACAUUUUUGAAUCAACAGUGGCAUCAAGUGGGGGAAUCAAGAUUCAGCCUGACUCAAAGUAUGGUGCUGUUAGCUCUGCUAGCUACCCAUCCAGGCCCCAGCAGCCCAGCAACCCCUCCAGGCCCCAGCAGCCCAGCAACCCCUCCAGGCCCGAGCAGCCCAGCAACCCCUCCAGGCCCCAGCGGCCCAGUUUCCCCUCCAAGCCCCAGCGGCCCAGCUACCCCUCCAAGCCGCAGCGGCCCAGCUACCCCUCCAAGCCACAGCGGCCCCAGCAGCCCAGCUACCCCUCCAAGCCCCAGCGGCCCAGCUACCCUUCCAGGCCCCUGCAGCCCAGCUACCCCUCCAAGCCCCAGCAGCCCAGCUACCCCUCCAAGCCCCAGCAGCCCAGCUACCCCUCCAAGCCCCAGCAGCCCAGCUACCCCUCCAAGCCCCAGCAGCCCCAGCAGCCCAGCUACCCCUCCAAGCCCCAGCAGCCCCAGCAGCCCAGCUACCCCUCCAAGCCCCAGCAGCCCAGCUACCCAUCCAGGCCCCUGCAGCCCAGCUACCCCUCCAAGCCCCAGCAGCCCAGCUACCCCUCCACGCCCCAGCAGCCCAGCUACCCCUCCAAGCCACAGCGGCCCCAGCAGCCCAGCUACCCCUCCAGGCCCCAGCAGCCCAGCUACCCCUCCAGGCCCCAGCAGCCCAGCUACCCCUCCAGGCCCCAGCAGCCCAGCUACCCCUCCAGGCCCCAGCAGCCCAGCUACCCCUCCAGGCCCCAGCAGCCCCAGCAGCCCAGCUACCCCUCCAGGCCCCAGCAGCAGCCCAGCUACCCUCCAGCCCAGCUACCCCUCCAGGCCCCAGCAGCCCAGCUACCCCUCCAGGCCCCAGCAGCCCAGCUACCCAGCAGCCCAGCUAGCCCACCUACCCCCAGCAGCCCCAGCAGCCCAGCUACCCAUCCAAGCCCCAGCAGCCCCAGCUACCCAUCCAGGCCCCAGCAGCCCAGCUACCCUCCAGGCCCCAGCAGCCCAGCUACCCCUCCAGGCCCCAGCAGCCCAGCUACCCCUCCAGGCCCCAGCAGCCCAGCUACCCCUCCAGCCCCAGCAGCCCAGCAGCUACCCUCCAGCCCCAGCAGCCCAGCUACCCCUCCAAGCCCCAGCAGCCCAGCUACACCUCCAAGCCCCAGCAGCCCAGCUACCCCUCAAGCCCCAGCAGCCCAGCUACCCCUCCAAGCCCCAGCAGCCCAGCUACCCCUCAGCAGCCCAGCUAGCCCAUCCAAGCCCCAGCAGCCCCAGCAGCCCAGCUACCCCUCCAAGCCCCAGCAGCCCCAGCAGCCCAGCUACCCAUCCAAGCCCCAGCAGCCCCAGCAGCCCAGCUACCCCUCCAAGCCCCAGCAGCCCCAGCAGCCCAGCGACCCCUCCAAGCCCCAGCAGCCCAGCUACCCCUCCAGGCCCCAGCAGCCCCAGCAGCCCAGCUACCCAUCCAAGCCCCAGCAGCCCAGCUACAGCCUAGCUACCCCUCCAAGCCCCAGCAGCCUAGCUACCCCACCAACCCCCAGCAGCCGAGCUACCCCUCCAAGCCCCAGCCCACAGCCCAGCUACCCUCCAAGCCCCAGCAGCCCAGCUACCCCUCCAAGCCCCAGCAGCCCCAGCAGCCCAGCUACCCCUCCAAGCCCCAGCAGCCCCAGCAGCCCAGCUACCCCUCCAAGCCCCAGCAGCCCCAGCAGCCCAGCUACCCCUCCAAGCCCCAGCAGCCCAGCUACCCCUCCAAGCCCCAGCAGCCCAGCUACCCCUCCAAGCCCCAGCAGCCCCAGCAGCCCAGCUACCCAUCCAAGCCCCAGCAGCCCCAGCAGCCCAGCUACCCAUCCAAGCCCCAGCAGCCCAGCUACCCCUCCAAGCCCCAGCAGCCCAGCUACCCCUCCAAGCCCCAGCAGCCCCCGCAGCCGAGCUACCCCUCAGGCCCCAGCAGCCUAG